CUGAACUUCCCCAAAGUCUUAUUUUUGGGGUCAGCGGCUGUCGGCUCUCAAGCUGCAGUUCCUUCUGAGGAGACUUUUCACACUGUGAGACAGCUGUGUCCCAGUGGUAAAGAGAGACAGAAUAAAAAAAAUUGAAAGGAGGACACAAUGAUUGAUACCUGAAGACAAGUUCUGGGGGGAAAAAAUCACUUUGAAGGAAGAGAAAAACAAUGGGGAAUGCUAUCAAAAUACUGAAAACGACACCUGAAGUGAAGAAUACACCUUGGCAAUCAGGCCAGAGAAGUGACUUUCUUGCUGUACUCUAUGACUAUCCCACGCCGGAUGUAAGCCAGCCUAUAUUUCAAGUUGGGGAGAAACUACGUGUGAUAUCAGACGAGGGUGUCUGGUGGAAAGCUUGUUCCCUGACUACGGGAAAAGAAAAUUAUAUUCCGGAAAAUUAUGUUGCCAGAGUUUAUCAUGGCUGGUUAUUUGAAGGCAUCGGCAGAGAAAAAGCUGAAGAACUUCUCCUCCUUCCAAAUAACAAAAUUGGCUCUUUCAUGAUUAGAAAAAGCGAGACCACAAAUGGUUUUUAUUCGCUGUCAGUCCGGCACGCAAAUGUGAAACAUUACAGGAUAUUCCGCUUGCCAAACAAUUGGUAUUAUAUCUCCCCUCGGCAAACGUUUCAGUGUCUUGAGGACCUCGUAAACCACUAUUCUGAGGUGGCUGAUGGCCUGUGCUGUGUCCUCACAACUCCUUGCCUCACCCAACACACCACCAUCCAUGAAGUAAGGACUCAAGAGCCCCCCGUGGUGAUGCGCAACAAAACCUUCAGGUGGAAUCAUAUGCAAAGGUCGAGGGAGUGUGAUGAGGACAUUGCAGACAUGCUCCGAUUGGAAGACUCUGGACUCAGCUACGGUCUCCGAAACAGCAUCGCCUCUUACCUUGCCCUAACUAUGGACGACAAUUCUUCUUUUGUGAGAAAGAAAGCCAAAAAGACCCAGUCUAUGAUCUAUCAGAGCAACCGCCAAUCCCAGCCUGGUUUCCUGUAUCAUGAGGACUAAAUUGAGAAAACCCAACAUGGGAGUUACCAAGACGGAUGAGAAUUAGCACUUUGAGUAGAUGUUGCUGCACUCUUGGAAAUCUCAUCAACAUCCAUUCUAGAUAACGAAGAUCUCAUCGUCUCACAGAUGCCCUAAAUAUACCCAUAUUUAUAUUUAUUUAUACAGAGGGGAUGCCUUGUAAAAUAUUGGACUUUAUUCACGUAUGAUCCUUUGACAGAGCUGAAAACUAUGCACAUGUGUGUAUCUUUAUGUAUAUACAUCUCUCGUGAUAUUAAAAUAUUUUAAACA